AUGGAUUCAAUUCGAAACUGCCAACACAACGCCACGGCGAGCCCGCGCCUCCCAAGAUCUUCACUGCGGGCAUUUGCUGCUGUGCAGCCACCAGCUAUUUUCAGCUUUUGGCAGCAUCUUGGCAGCACUUCUUUUGCAAAUACACAAUGUCAGCUGGCUGCAGCAUCUGCUGCUGAGCGCGUGCUCGCGGUUGCUGCUGCCGCUGCAGCAGACGAGCCGACAAGCAGCAGCAGCCGCACUUGCAGCAGCUGCUUCGCUGCUGCAUCGCCGCUGCAGCAGCGCGGCUGGCAAUAA